UCCACCCCCAAGGUUUCCGCCGGGGCCACGGCGGGUCGGCGGCUAAAGGGUGAUGGGGGCUCCUGACCCGAGGCACCGGCCGCGGAGCCGCGCUCAGGGAGGGAGGCUGCCCUGACUCUGUCCCCGAGGGAUUCCCCCGGGGCUGAGCGGCAGAAACGUUCCGUUUAGCUCGGCUGCCUCCGCCGUGCUUCCCUCAGGGCGCCUGGGAGCCCUGCCCCGGUAUGCUGCCCGCCUGCCUGGUGCGGGCCGCCCUGGGGAGGUGGCUGCUCGCUCCCCCGGGCUGGGCGCUGCUGGGGCCGGGGACUGGGCCGGGGCUCUGCCUGAGAUGGCGGCACCAGCCGCCCCGCAGGGAGCCCGGCCUGCUGCUGCCGGCCGCCCGGCGGAGUAUCGGGACGCAAGCCGGGGGGCUGAGAGCUGAAAAACCUGGCGAUAGUAGCAAACAUGUGUCCGUGCAAAGGGGCCGGAGAGAAGAAACUCUGCUGUCGGCUGCCCAGAAAGUGAAAGAAGCUGGAAGAGACUUUACCUAUUUUAUUGUGGUGCUUGUUGGAAUUGGUGUUACAGGUGGUUUGUUCUAUGUGAUUUUUAAAGAGCUAUUCUCUUCUUCUAGUCCAAGUAAGAUCUAUGGAGAUGCCUUGGAGAAAUGCAGAUCUCACCCUGAGAUAAUUGGUGUUUUUGGUGAAUCUAUUAAAGGUUAUGGGGAGGCAACAAGAAGAGGAAGACGACAGCUUGUCAGUCAUAUUGAAUACAAAAAGGAUGGACUGAAACAUAUGCGUUUGAAGUUCUAUAUUGAGGGCUCUGAACCAGGGAAGCGGGGAACAGUCCACGUGGAAGUCAAAGAGAAUCCUGAGAGAGGAAGAUUUGAGGUCCGCUACAUAUUUGUGGACGUUGACACCUAUCCUAGAAGAACCAUUGUCAUAGAAGACAACAGAUAGCCAAUGAUGAAAGUUGCUGCCCUGUCUCAUUGAGUAUUGGAUGAUACUGGUGUAGCCAGUCUACACGUGAAUUGUUUGGUGUUCUCGAUUGUAUCUUGCAACUUUGGGGUUGUGUUACAGGAAGUAGCCUCUCAGGGCCUCCAUUAAGGUCUUUCAUAAUAACAGAUACGGGAUUUGAAGUGAAGCCAAUGAAAUAUAGUAGAGCCAUCACUAAUGGCAAAUAUUUUUCACAGAGGAAGAUAAUGGCUUAUAAUAAACAGUUUAAUGCUGGAUAAUACUUCUGCACAACCAAAAGCUGAGUCUUCCAAGAUUUUAGGUUUGGAUGGGGAGUUCUUUGUCUUCCUUUGCUUGGAUUUCCCACUAGCACUGCAAUAAAGAAAGUGGUAUUUU